AUGACGUCGCGGGGGCCAUUGCGCCCUUCUUUCGAAACCCAACGUUCGACGGUUUCCAAGUUUCUUCGGUUGGAUUGCCAAAAACUGUCACCCCGGAUCGGCAACAUUUGUCUCGCACGUCCCGAACAUGGUGGAUCAGAGAAUGGCCAUGAGACAUUUGAGACAGACAUGCACCGGUGGGCAGGCAAACGAACACGAAGAACCAUGGCCCACUGCGUACCAAUCUAG